GAUACGCUCUAUGCGUUGGCUCCGUCUGCAGUCUGCAGUCUCGCGCGGAGUGUAUAGACGAGUAGCGACCGACUGUUGUGUGUGUUCCCAGUUCUCUUUACUUCCCUCGCUUCUGUUAGACCUCGCGUUACCAGAGUCUAUCAGUCGCGUUUGUACGAGAAAUGGAGCUCGAGCAGCCAACAACGCAAUCGAAUUCCGAUUCAGAAAGAAAGACCAAGGAGAUCAACAAUGCGACUGGAAAUCACAGCGAUACUCAUAUAAAUGGCAUGUCUAAUGGAUUCGAUAAGAAAAGAGAACAUAAAUCGGAACAUAAGGAUAAAGACAAGGAGCGAUCUCAUAAAUCAGAUCACAAAGACAAAGAGAGGAGUAAGGAUAAAAGCCAUAAAAGUGAACAUAGGGAUAAAGACAAGGACAAGCAUAAACAUAGUUCUAGCUCUGUUAAGGAUAAGGACAAACAUGAUGGUAGUAGCAAAGACAAGGAUAAGGAUAGAAAAAGUAGCUCAUCCUCGAGCAAGGAUAAAGAGCAUAAGAACAGUAGCUCGUCUAGUAAGGAUAAGGAAAAGGAUAAAAGCAAAGACAGGGAACAUCAUCACAAAUCUAGUUCUAGUUCCAAGGAUAAAGACAGGCAUCACAGUAGUUCCAAGGAUAAGGAUAGUUCCAGCAAAGACAAAGACAAGAGCAAAGAUCGGGACAAGGAUAAACACAAGCACAGUAUAAGUUCAAGUUCGCGAGACAAGGAUAAAGAUAAAAGCAUAUCCAAAGACAAGGAGAAGGAUAAGAAGCAUUCAUCAGAUAAAGAUAAAGAAAGGCAUUCAACAUCUCAUACGAACGACAAAGAAAAGCACCGUUCUUCCGAGAAAGACAAGGACAAGUACGGUUUAUCCAGUAAAGAUAAACAUCGCCAUGACAAAGACAAAGAACGUCAUCGACACGAUAAAGAAAAAUCUAAGCAUAAGGAGGACAAGGAUAGAAAAGACAAGGAAAAAGAAGAAAUUAAAAUAAAAGAGGAGGCAAUAGAUGAAAAACCUAAUCAUAUACAAUGUGGAGAUUUUCAAUUUGUGAAUGUAGGCUCCACUAUAAAACAAGAUAUCAAAGAGGAACCUGUUUUGCAAAUUGAACCGGAAGAUGACGACGACAGUGGCGGAGAACAACCAUUAUACAUUAAAGAAGAAGAAGAUGAAGAAGAGCCCGUUAAUGAAGCUAGUAUGGAUUCAACUGAUGGAAAUGACACAAGACUUUCAGAUCUCCAUAAUACGACUAUUAAAACUGAGGAUGACUCGGAUGAAGAUAUGCCUUUGAGUACAAGAUCUAUGACCUCCACAAGUAUUAAAAGAAGUCUCGAAUCUGAUGAGGGAGAAGAUGAUGAUCUGCCACUUUCAGCACGGAAAAAGCCUAAGAAAUCUGAAACAAAGACGAAAAAGAAGAAACGAAAGCAUGAGGACGAUGAAGACGAAAUUGAACAAAAGCCAAAAAAGAAAGGCGCAAGGGCAUCGAAGGGAGAAAAUCCAAGUCCGCGAAAGAAGAAACAAGAAGAAGAACAGGAAGUUUGGAAAUGGUGGGAAGAAGAAAAGAAAAAUGAUGGAACAAAAUGGACAUUCUUAGAACACAAAGGACCUGUAUUUGCACCUGCCUAUGAUCCUCUUCCACCUGAUGUGAAGUUUUAUUAUAAUGGUAAAGAGAUGAAAUUGAGUCAAGAUACAGAGGAAGUUGCCACUUUUUAUGCACGCAUGUUGGAUCAUGAUUAUACGACGAAGCCAGCAUUCAAUACCAACUUCUUUCAUGAUUGGAGAGAAGUAAUGACCGACUCUGAAAGAUCUAAAAUAGUUGAUCUAAGUAAAUGUGAUUUUAAGCAGAUGCAUGCAUAUUUCCUUCAAAAGAGUGAAGAAAGAAAAGCAAUGACAAAAGAAGAAAAGCAAAAAAUAAAAGAGGACAAUGAGAAGACUCAGAAAGAAUACGGUUUUUGUACUAUUGAUGGACAUAAAGAAAAAAUAGGUAAUUUUAAGAUUGAACCUCCUGGUUUGUUCAGAGGCCGUGGUGAACAUCCUAAAAUGGGUAAACUGAAGAAGAGAGUCAUGCCUGAAGAUAUUCUUAUCAAUUGUUCCAAAGACUCCAACAUACCAAAGCCACCACCGGGUCGCAAGUGGAAGGAGAUUCGACAUGAUCCUAAUGUCACAUGGCUUGCAUCUUGGACUGAAAACAUUCAAGGUCAAGUGAAAUACGUCAUGCUUAAUCCAUCGAGUAAACUGAAAGGAGAAAAAGAUUGGCAGAAGUAUGAGACUGCUAGAAAAUUGGCGCAAUCUAUAGAUAAAAUUCGUGCUGAAUACAAGGAAGACUGGAAAAGUAAAGAAAUGCGUAUAAGGCAGAGAGCUGUUGCUUUGUAUUUUAUAGAUAAAUUAGCUUUAAGAGCUGGUAAUGAAAAGGAUGAGGAUCAAGCAGAUACUGUAGGUUGCUGUUCUUUACGAGUGGAACACAUCUCAUUACAUGAACAAAAGGAUGGAAAGGAAUAUGUAGUUGUAUUUGAUUUCUUAGGUAAGGAUUCAAUAAGGUACUACAAUGAAGUGCCAGUAGAAAAACGGGUAUUUAAGAAUUUGCAACUCUUUAUGGAGAAUAAAUCACCCGGCGAUGAUUUAUUCGAUCGUCUCAAUACGACCGUCAUGAAUAAACACUUGAACGAAUUGAUGGAAGGUCUUACUGCAAAAGUAUUCAGAACAUACAAUGCAUCAUGGACACUACAGCAACAAUUAGAUAAAUUGACAAAUCCUGAUGACACCGAAGCGGAAAAAAUUUUGUCAUAUAACAGAGCAAAUAGAGCAGUUGCAAUCCUAUGUAAUCAUCAGCGUUCAGUGCCCAAGACGCAUGCAAAAUCUAUGGAAAAUCUUAAAACAAAAAUAGAAGCCAAGAAGGAAGCUAUAGCUGAGGCAGAACUUGCAGUGAAGGAUGCCAAACGCGAUGCUAAGCAUGGUUCUGUAAAAGAGAAAGUUGUAUAUGAAAAGAAAAAGAAAGCUCUGGAUAAAUUAAAGGAGCAAUUAACUAAAUUAGAGGUGCAAGCAACAGACAAAGAAGAAAACAAGGAAAUUGCAUUAGGCACCUCCAAACUGAAUUAUCUUGAUCCUAGGAUUACCGUUGCAUGGUGCAAGAAAAAUAAUGUCCCUAUCGAGAAAAUUUACAACAAAACUCAAAGGGAUAAAUUCAGAUGGGCAAUAGACAUGGCAGGACCGGACUAUGUCUUUUAACCCUAUGAAGAAUCGGUUAUUUUACAAAAAAAUAAUUCCCACUGAUUGUAUUUAGUAAAUUUUUCGUUCUAAUAAUCAGGAGAAAAAUAAUGGUAUAAUUUUCUAUAUUUACAAAAUGAUAAAAAGCAAGAGUGCGGGGACAUAUUUUAUAUAGGACACUGCGUUGAAAAUUUCGAUGAUGAUAUAAUAAUCAGUGUGUAAUAACGAUGCAUACUCGUAGCUCUAGAAUUGAUCGUUUAGCAAUCAUUGCGUUAAAAAAAUUUUAGCGGUCGCAUUCGCAUAUAGGCGUCAUUUCAAUUGACCUUACAAUUAUCAAACACGGAAAUUUGAUAGUUUGACACAACUUGAAAUCCAUUAGAUAGAAAUUUCUGGUGUGUGCGUGUGCGUGUGUAUGUGUGAAUUAUUAGAGAAAGAAAUAUGAAAGCAAGAUUCACACAUGAUCUAAAUUUAGAGGACAUAUACUAUGUAUGUAUGGAUUAUUUCAAUAGUGCAAGGAAUUUCAUGACCUCUAAAUUCAGAGGUAUACACAACUGCAUGGGCUGUUGCAUUGUAAAUAGAAUUUAUUCAUAAAAACUUUGCCAGCCGACGAGGGAAAGAAGAUGAGCGUAUGUGUAUUAGAUCGAUAAAAAAUUAACGCGUCUGCCAAACGAGUAGGUAAUUUUAUAUUCGUUUAAUCUGACUUUUCUUGUAAAUGUAUAAUAUUAUCAGUGGAAAGUCAUUUAUGUACAUCGUGCAUUAUAACAUUCUAGAAUGUCUAGAAUAUUAGAGGCACGCGUUCUACGCGAAUUUUUUAGUACCAAAUUUAUUAAAAACAAAAUUUUGCUUAGCAAACUGAAUUGGAAUAUAUAUAAUGUCCCAGGAGAUAAUUAUGAUAUAGUAAUGUAUUUAAAAAGUAGAUCAUCGCUUCUAGCGAUUUAUGUUUUAUAAAACAAUGUUUAGACUAUAAUAAAUGUGAACACAGUGUAUCUUUAACUUUUUUUUAAUAUUUGUACACAUACGAACCUUGUAAUCGCCAUGAUAAGCUUUUUACAAGAAAGCUGCUGGUUUUAAUAUUUUAAAACCGCUCUUGUCACGCUCACUUAGCAAUAAGAAAUUUUAAAGCGAAAUUAGUUAUGUUCGAUAAUUGUGCUCGACGAAUGAUCGAUGUUACUUUGAUAGAUACUGACACGUCUUUGGUAACAAGAUAUUUAAAUGAGUUGCAAUAGUUUUCAUAAUUAUUAAUUUUAAGGAAGAAAAAGAAUAUCUUUGUUUAUGUGACUAAUGGGACUCAAGUUACAUAUGAAUGUUUAAGAAUAUGAAAUAUUUCACACUAAUUUGUUACAAGAAUAAGUGAAUCAUACUUAGAAUAAAUCGUGCUAUUGUCUAUUUAUCUUGGAAUGUGAAACAGCGACGAGUGAUACCUUUUCAUCAAAGUGACUUAAAAGUAACUUAAAAUGCUAUUAAUUCUAGAUAUGUCAUAGAUAUUGAUUAUAGAAAUUUACUUAUGUUUCUAACGUUUUGUAUUUGUAUUAUUGAUUGCUCGUCACUGACAAACUAUUCCUAUGACUAUGUUGUAUACAUAUAAAUAUACUCGAUUAUUUACACCCAUAAUUAUAUACAGGUAUAUGUAUAUAUAUAUAUUAUAUAUAUAUAAAUAAAUAUAUAUAUUAUAUAAAUAUAUAUACAUAUAUAUAUAUAAAUGAGCAUAUUUAAGGAAAUUACAAUAACAAAAUUAUACGAUUGUAUAAUUAGAAUGGUGGUUCUUUAAACUCCCCGCAUUGAUCGAUUGCACGUUGACUUACUUUAUUUGAAAGUAUAUGGCAUGAAUUUCGAGGAAAUUAAACUAUUGUUAUUACAGUCAUCGUCAUUAUCUAUCAUUAUCAUUCAUCACUAUCAUCAUCACUUCCACCAAUAUUACUAAAGACCACUAUUCUCACAAAACUGCCAAUCAUUGUACGAUUAAUUGUAUAAUUUAAUAGUCUGACAUGCUACAGAACCAGUUUCUCAGAUUAGAUAUAAGUUUUGUAUACCUUAAAAAUUCCAACUAAAAUUCAUAACAGCUAAAGAAAUUUAUUUAUAUAAAACACACCAUAUAUUACCGCUUAGAAAUACAAAGAUACUUUUGGUGUGCAAAACUGGUACUGUAUGAUAGACUGAAUGUUAAUUUAUAUGACUUAAGUAGACUGAAUUUAAGAUACACAUGUAUACAUAUGUAUAUCGCAUUCUUAACUUACAUAUUGAAAUUAUUUGCAAUAUAGGGAUUAGCAAUUACUUAAUAUUAUAGAUUACUAAAACGAAACAUGCAAUCAGAGAGUAGGCCUUUGAUAUCGAAUGUUUUAUGCACGUAACGUCAGAUGAUAUAACAUUUUUAACUUUUACAAACUGUGAAUGGCAAGAAAACGCAAUCGAUAUAUCUAGUACAAUGUGAUCUGUGCACAAAUUGAACGUAUAUGUACAUUCGGACAUUACCAUUUCUAUACGAUGCUAGAAUAAUAAAACUUAUAACGUCGAAAGAUUGGUUCGUUUUUUCGAUAUAUUGGACGUUCUCUUACUAAGUACGACCGAGCAUUGAGUUAUCAAAUAUAUAUUUCAUAUCAUAUUGUGUACGGAAUUGAAAAUAAACUUGAUGUUUGUAGUACCUUAAGGUGCGAGAAACAUAAUCAAAAAGGCA